AUCAGUUUCCCCUAAUUCAUGAACUGAAUCCAACCCAUUCUAAAGCAGGCACUGCUCGGGACUUCGAAAGACUGGCUCGCAAGAACAUGAGAGUAAAUAGAUCCUUGCUUCUUUGGAUCUGUCAGAUGAGGAGGCGGCCCUGGACAGGAUAUGGGCCGGACAGAUCAAGACCUUGCAGCGUGUGAUCUUCCCAGUUCCGCUCCGAAUCGACGGGUUGGUUUAACGAGCCAAUCGAAGUAUUUUUUCGUAGGGGGCUUCUGGAGCAGCCGACCCAGCAGGACCAGCAGGAGCGUAGGGUCCAAUCUGGGAAGGAUGGCAGGCGCUGUUGUUCAGUGCUACACUAACACGGGUGCAGCCAUGUUUGGAGUCUGUUUGCCACUCCUCCUCCUCCUCCUCCCCACGUUGAUCCAAGCCCCGCCCCCAUCAGAAACCCCUCCCACGGCUUGCAGGCGCUGCUGUGACCCCCUGGAGCCAGCAGAGGGCGCUCAACCUCACUCGCCCACCCCUUUCCUGGUGCCUGAAAUCCGACCCUACAUCAACAUGACGAUUCUCAAAGGGGACAAGGGAGAUCGGGGCGACAAGGGGACACCAGGAAAAACAGGCAGAGAGGGGCCACCAGGGGCCCGAGGACCCCAGGGUCCUAAAGGCAGCAAGGGGCAGGCGGGCGCCCCGGGAGACCCCUGCAAGCACCAGCACUCCGCCUUCUCCGUCGGCCGGCGGAAGGCCCUGCACAGCGUGGAGUACUACCAGGCCCUGGUCUUCGACACGGUCUUCGUCAACCUGUACGGCCACUUCAACAUGUUCAAGGGCAAGUUCUACUGCUACGUGCCGGGGGUCUACUUCUUCAGCGUCAACGUCCACACCUGGAACUUCAAGGAGACCUACCUGCACGUCAUGCAGAACGACCAGGAGAAGGUCAUCCUGUACGCCCAGCCCAGCGAGCGCAGCAUCAUGCAGAGCCAGAGCCUGCUGCUGGAGCUGGAGCAGAACGACGAGGUGUGGGUGCGGCUCUUCAAGCGCGAGCGGGAGAACGCCGUCUACAGCGACGACGUCGACGUCUACAUCACCUUCAGUGGCUACCUCAUCAAGCCCGCGCGGGGGGGAGGGGGGGGGGCUGCCCGGGGACGCCGCGGAGGGGGACGUACUGGGCGACGCUUUUAGGGAAACUUCCUCGAUCAAGGACAGCGCUCCACCCGAUCCGGGGUAACGAUGACGGAACAUCUUGGGUGCUGCCUUGGGCACUGAGGACGUUCUCGUCGCGAAUCCUGUUGAGCACUAUCGUUUCAAUUUUGACUGUGCAAUAUUCGGACCUGGGGUGCUAAAGUAUCUGCGUGGAAUUUGCGUGUUCUUCCUGGGUGUCUGCCCUGUGAUGGACUGGCGUCCCCACCCGGGGUGUACCCUGCCUCGAGCCCAUUUCUUGCUGGGAUAGACUCCCGCUCCCCCACGACUCUGAAUUGGAUGAAGUGGUUAGAAAAUGGAUGCAUUUAAGCAUUCCUUAUCACAUCCACAAAUAUUGAUAUUUGGAAAUAUGUCAGCGCACGCAAGGAAUACAAUCAGAUACAAAAAUCUUUUUGAAUGCCCCUUUCUGUUUUAAAAUGUUUAUGAAUAUACUUCCGAUGGAUUUGUUUCUUAAUAUUUAUUGUCUGUGUAGAUCACAGCUUAACCCCCUUCUCCCGCUGACCCAUCGUGGCCUGGUGUCAUUUCUUGAUUGCUAAAAAUGUUGGGGAAAAAAACACUGAUAAUCACAACAACCUGUGGAAAAUUCCAUCCCACUUUUUCAAAUUCUCUCCCAAAAGAAAUUCACGGCUACGUUUGAGGUGGGGGAAUCGCUGAAUCUUGUUCGAUAUUUCAAACUUUAAACUUUUUCCAGCUACUUUUAGAAAACUGGGAAUUAAGAAACCUGCCUAUUGUUGUUUAAGAACACAAGAGAGAAGCUCCGGUGGCCUAUCUCAUUAACCCAAACCCUAAAAUCGAUCAGAUCCAAGGUGGCUGACAAUAGGAAGCUGUUCAGUCUGGCCAGCUCAUUCGGUUGCUUAGUAACGCAUCAACCCUUCAAAUCGCGCCUGGCCUUUUCUCGAAAGACAAGUCAUUAGAGAUUAAAAAUAGCAGGAUGAACCAGGAACCAGCAGGGUGGCUGGGUUCUGGAGUGAGUUUCCAUUUCGCCUAAGUGAGUUUCGCCUAAAUGUGAUCAUGGUGCGAAUUGUGAAUAUGGAGUUUAGUUUUACACAAGGCAGUGAAUCAAACAAGAGCCUACCUGAG